CUUAAUGAAUGAAGUGGUUCAUACAUCUCCAACCAUAGGAAGCAAUGUUGAAGAAAUAGUUGUGAAGAACACUCAUUUUCUUAUGUGGGAUAUUGGUGGUCAAGAGUCACUUCGAUCAUCCUGGAACACGUAUUACUCAAAUACAGAGUUCAUCAUUCUUGUGGUUGAUAGCAUUGACAGGGAACGACUAGCUAUUACGAAAGAAGAAUUGUACAGAAUGUUGGCUCACGAGGAUUUACGGAAGGCCGCAGUCCUUAUCUUUGCCAAUAAACAGGAUAUGAAAGGGUGUAUGACAGCAGCUGAAAUCUCUAAAUACCUCACCCUCAGCUCAAUUAAGGAUCAUCCAUGGCACAUUCAGUCCUGCUGUGCUUUAACAGGAGAAGGGUUAUGCCAAGGUCUAGAGUGGAUGACCUCCCGGAUUGGUGUGAGAUAA